CUUCGCCUCGCCGCUUAAGAGGUGACAAGGCUGUAGUGAUGGUAAUACACAGUUUCCUCGCGGUGACGCUAGAGAUCAGACGCGAGAUAGCGUGAAGUGUUAUGCUAUGCUAUAACUGACAAUGAAAAUUAUUCAUGAUACUGUUUCUCGGGUGUGUUAUCUGCUAUGAUUACAGAGACGCUGUUGAGCACAAAGUGUUGUGAGCAUCUAUCAACAAGACGUGAGAAAAGUGUUUGUGUUGGAUGUCAGUAUGACGCCACUGGUGUUUCUCGGGUUGCUAACAGUUCUGACAGUCGAGUGCCGUAGUAUAACGAGCAGAUAUGAGGACGCUGUUAAAGACUGCGAGUGGCAACGCAUAACACCGGUACUUGACUCCGUGAGUGAUGAAGACGCCGCCGAUACCUCAGCGUCGCUGGCGUCGGUUGUGCUUUCGUGUCGCCUACGAACUAUCGGCGGAACAGACAGUCUGCUUAACAACCUCACCUCCACGCAGGUGGCGCGGAUAACGGCUCUGCGACUCGAAUGCAGUGACGUGCUGUUCUUCGAAAGUUCGCUAGAGAACAAUAACAAACAUGACGGCGGAAGUUUUCUGGGCCAGCUUCGGUGGCUGCGUGACCUUCGCAUCGAGUACUGUAAGAUCAGGUACGUGCCCUCGGCCGUGUUGGCGUCUCUGCGGGAACUACGGCACUUCUCACUUCGCACCCACAACACGGACUGGUCCGCCAUGACUAUGGAGUUUCAUCCGGACAGUUUCCGUGGCCUCCCGGACCUCCGAAGCCUUGAUCUCGCGGACAACAACAUAUGGACCCUGCCGCCAGAACUUUUCUGUCCGGUGUACAGUCUCGCACAUCUGAAUCUCAGUCGUAACCGAAUCCAAGAUGUCACAGAACUCGGCUUUUCAGACUGGGGAAAUGGUCCAUCUGCUCCUGGGAAAUCUUGUAAUGUUGGUCUCGAAGUUCUAGAUUUAUCUGCAAACGAUGUUAUUCGUAUCCCGGAUAAUGGUUUGUCCAGCCUUCGCUCCCUCCAGAAAUUAUACAUCCAAGAUAAUUCGCUUACGUCCCUGGCAGACAGGGCCCUUGUCGGUCUCACAUCCCUACAAAUCCUCAACGCCUCGAGCAAUCUCCUUGUUGCCCUCCCGCCAGAAUUAUUCCAGACUUCACGCGACAUCAAAGAGAUCUACCUACAAAACAAUUCCAUAAGCGUACUUGCCCCUGGCCUCCUGGAAGGCCUAGAUCAACUUCUUGUGCUGGAUAUUUCGUCCAACGAGUUGGCCAGCAAUUGUGUUAACCGCGACACCUUUUCUGGAUUGGUUCGCCUAGUGAUACUCAACCUGUCCCGCAAUCAUAUCACGCGAAUAGACUCGCACGUGUUUCAAGACUUGUACAGUCUGCAGAUUCUUAAUCUAGAGGAGAAUGGUAUUGACGUGAUCGCGGAAAGUGCUUUCUCCAGUCUCAGCAAUCUUCAUGCUCUAACCUUGACACACAAUAAUUUGGUUCAGCUGGAGUCGCACCAUUUCACAGGACUUUACGUGUUAAACCAACUGUAUCUAGAUAAUAAUCGUAUAAAAAGCAUCCACUCCCGCACAUUUGAGAACUGUACUAACUUGCAGGAUCUUGGCAUUAGUGGUAACAAUCUGAUGGAAGUACCACACAGUAUCGGUCAUCUUCGUUAUCUCAAGAGUCUGGACUUGGGAGAUAACCAUAUCUCCAAACUCGUUAACACUUCCUUCGAAGGCCUAGAUCAGCUAUACGGAUUACGCCUUAUUGACAAUGAUCUAGUAAACAUUUCUAGGGAUACAUUUUCUGCUCUAACGUCUCUUCAGGUAUUGAAUCUAGCGUGUAAUAAGAUACAGCUUGUGGACCAGGGUGCUUUCGGAACGUAUCCAAACCUCAAAGCAAUAAGACUUGAUGGAAAUCGAUUGACUAAUAUUGACGGCAUCUUCACACAUCUACCUGGACUCGUGUGGCUUAAUGUGUCCGACAAUCAACUAACAUGGUUUGACUACGCAUUGCUACCACCAAGUCUUGAGUGGCUUGAUGUGCAUAAGAAUCAAGUGUCUAAGUUAGGUAACUAUUUUGACAUUCGCAACAAACUGCAAAUCAAGAUGUUAGAUGUGAGCUUCAAUAGACUGACUGAAAUAGGAGAAGAUUCAAUACCGAACAGUGUGGAAAGUGUUUUCCUAAACGACAACAUGAUAAGGAAAGUUCAAGCCAAUGCCUUCCUCAAGAAAGUGAAUUUGAGUAGAGUUGUGUUAUAUGCAAACGAACUACAAACCUUAGAUUUUAGCGCUCUUAGACUCCAACCGGUAUCAGAAGACAAGGACCUACCACAGUUUUAUAUCGGCGGAAAUCCAUUUCACUGUGACUGCAACAUGGAGUGGUUGCACAGAAUUAACCAGCUGAGUCAUCUAAGACAGCACCCGCGUAUCAUGGACCUAGAUACUGUCACGUGCAGACUUUCUUACUCGCGAGGUGAUAUCAACAGAGCCCUUCUAGAUUUGAAGCCAUCGCAGUUCCUCUGCCCUUAUGAGACUCACUGUUUCGCUCUCUGUCACUGCUGUGACUUCGACGCCUGCGACUGCGAGAUGACGUGCCCUGAAAACUGUACUUGCUACCACGACCACACGUGGUCUGCCAACGUAGUUGACUGCUCCAGCGGCGGCCACAGAUCGGUCCCGGCUAAAAUUCCGAUGGACGCCACAGAAAUCUAUUUGGACGGGAACGACCUGGGAGAGCUGGGCAGCCACGUGUUCAUAGGAAAACGGAAGCUUCAGGUGUUGUACCUGAACAACAGCAAAGUAGCGGCAAUCCACAACAGGACGUUUAAUGGCGUCAUGUCUCUUCGCAUAUUGCACCUCGAGAACAAUCGGCUUCAGGAACUGAGAGGCUUCGAGUUUGAUCAGCUUGAUAAUCUGAAUGAGUUGUACUUGGACCACAAUGCUAUUACACACGUCGGCAAUGCAACAUUCUCGACAAUGCAGUCUUUGGAAGUGCUUCGCCUUGAUGAAAACAAGAUCGUAAACUUCUCGCCCUGGCUGCAACUGGCGGUUGCAGCAGGGACCCUGGCCAAAGUCUCUCUUGAUGGCAACGCGUGGACCUGUGAGUGCGAAUCCGUGAACCGCCUCGAGGAGUGGCUGAAACAAAACAUGGACGCUACAAGUGGCUCGAACCCCAGUAAGAUGUUGUGUCUCAAUGGUGGUAACAAAAAGACGAAGGAAAACGUUGCCGACUUCAUCAAACAGUGCAACAAAGAUAAUCAUAAUGCGUUUGCUACCUCCGUGGUACAGAGGAAUCCACUAUUCACCAACAGCGUGCUAGGCGACAGUUACGUGCCACUUCUAGCAGCAGGUUUGGUCGUCUUAAUGGUCGUUCUUCUCGCCAGCACUCUCAUCUUCAUAUUCCGGCAGGACAUUAGACUCUGGGCACAUUCUCGUUACGGCAUUCGAUUAUUUAGUGAUACCGCUCCAGCUGCUGAUGUUGAUGACGACAGAGACAGGCUCUAUGACGCUUACAUGGUGUACAGUAUCAAGGACGAGGACUUUAUUAGCAGAGUAAUAGCUUCUGAACUUGAGCAGAGUGGAUAUUCCAUGUGCCUUCAUUAUCGCGACAUUCAUCUCAUGAGCGGUACGUCUUUCCUGGCUGACAGCAUCCUUAGUGCCUCAGAUGCAUCUCGCAGAAUUAUUAUUGUGUUGUCCCUAAGCUUCCUGCAGAACGAAUGGGAUAGACCAGAAUUCCGCGCGUCGUUGCAAGCGUCUUUGGAACAAACUCGGAUGGCCCUCAGAAGGAAGAAGGUGAUAUUCUUGCUGACCACCGACCUGCAGACUUUCACUCUUGAUCCCGAUUUGCAUAUACUUCUGAGGACUUACACUGUAAUCUCAUGGGGGGAAAAAAGGUUCUGGGAAAAACUGCGAUAUGCCAUGCCCGACGUCGUUGCAGUCCAGAAAAAUAUAAAAAAGGGCAGAAAGUCGCCUUCAGUAGCAGUAAAUGAUCUGAAGAAAAAAGUUGCGAGAGAUGGUGAAGGUGGUAAGACGACCUCCAGAGUGGCAAGCGCCAGGUACAUCGCGACGCCGACUUCCCUGGAUUCCUGGUACAAGUACUCAGCCAUGUCGCAGCCACAUCCUCAACAGGCGACAGCCCCGUUGCAUCAGGCGGUUCCUACCCCCACCCCUACGCAGUCAACGUACGUGUCCGAGAACUCGUCGCAGAGGACAACUGACCACGAAGAGGAGGAGAGUUCAACGACGAACGGGAGUCAUCAGCACGAGUACCCCGAGAACCACAACAGGCACAGCUACACGGCUGUCGACACGAGGCACCCACAUCACCGCCAUAAAAACAACAACCACAGAAAUCACCAUCACCAUCAACACCACGUGUACAGCACCAUACCAGACUCAGUCCCAUUAACUGACCCCCACAGCAGAUCCGCCAUGUCGAACGGGGACCCCUCUGACAACUACCCUGCCGCCGUGUGUAAAGUUAACAAUGCCAAUACCUUUGUUGCAAAUGGGAGGACUUAUUUUGUGUAAAUUGAAGUGACCUGUUUCCAAGUAUUCACUGAGCUCAGGCCUAAAGUGAUAAAGUGGACAUGAGACCCGGCUUACAACACAACUUUGAUGUUUCGACUAGUCAACUCAGAGACGUUAAUCAGAAGAUUGUUGGGGAAACGUUUGUGCUAACGACCUGAAGAAGGAAGCGAAGUCGAAGCCACAAACUCGCUAUGCACAGCAGCAUCUGGCUCUAAGGCAACCUUAAGUAGCACAUAUCUACAGAAUUAACAAUCCUGUUACUCUUAACAGUGACAAGACUGCAACUGUGGAACUCAAGUUACUUUCAUGACUUGAAACAAGACUGCUUAGUUAUGUAAAUAGCCCUGUCUGGGUAACGGACGUUUCUAUACACCUGGUAGGUAAAUAAACAAACACAGUUCAUAUUUCGGAACACUUACAACAGAAUUAAUUGAAGCGAUAUACAAGGAACAUUGAGUGAGUUAUUAAAGCCUUGUUACAGGAAUUAUUCCAACCUAAAACAAUGUUAUUUUCUUUACCAAACAUGAAAUCGUAUACCAAUUAAGAUUACCUUGGAAAAUUGUUGAUGUCUAUCUAUAAAUACAAGACUGUAAUCUACCGAACGUCGCAGAAGCGACGUACCGGAUAAUCUCGUUUUGUUAUAGGAAACAGUUUGAUCUAUUUUAACCCAUUUCAACCUCUACAGGAAACACAGGUCUGUGACAGGCCUACAAAAAUCUGCAAGAUAUUAAUACGACGUGGUAUGAUUUAAUAGGGUUUCAUACACAAUUAUUUCACCCAAUUCAAUUAAGAUAGUUUUUUUAAACUGCAAGCAUGAUGCGGUACAAUUCAAUCAAUAUGGUCACAGGCUACGGCCUUGAAGAUCCGUAUUCGAUUCCCGGUUAAGGUAAAGACUUAUCUUUUGGACCCAACACUGAUUCCUCAGCGUACCCUGAUCUUUUCCAAUUCACAUCGUGGAUUUUUUUUUUUUUGGGGGGGGGGUGUUAAAAGAGCAACAGCGUGGAGCUUACAGCUCACCUCCAUCUUGUAUCUAUGUCAAUAAAGGGUGAAGUUUCACCUUCACAUACCCUAUACGACUUUAUGGCUAUGUAUUUAAGAACAGACGAAAUUUUAUUUUUUGUCCUUAAUACGCAGGUAUUUUUAUUUUUCGUAUAUUAUUUAAUUUCUAAGUAAUGCACUAAUUAGAAUUUUAUGUCCAAUGAGAUUCUAAAUAAAUUUAUAACUCGCCAGAAACUAGGCCUAACUUACUUACAUGCCAUAUCUUACCAACAAUUAAAAUCCCGCUUUGCUACGGAUUAUGGGGUCUUGAGAGAGAGAGAAAGAAAUUGUAUAACUGAGGGGAAAUUAAUAGAAUUUUCAAACAUUGUAAGUAAAUAAACUAAUGACACUGUAAUAAUGUCAAAGUAAACGUUUACUGGCGAUAAGUCACGUGGAUGCCAAAUAAAUAUCCGACACUUCGAAGGUAGUUUUCAUCAUCAGUUGCUGGUGAUAACCUUCCUAAGAAUUAACUGCGUGACGAAAACAUUUUCCGAACGGUUGGAUUAUUUUUUAUCGGCUUGUAACCCAACAAGUAUUCACUGCAUGUAUUUGCCAUUAACAUUUCAAGGUUUACAAGAAAGCAUGGAGGCAAACCUCCACUCGCAUCUACAUCUGAAUGGUUUUGUGCGUAGUUACGAACCAGGGACAACUUAAUUUUAUCAGUGGAAGAAACUCUUACUCAGUUUAAAUACGAUGAAAUUAAUGUUUUUUAUAUAAAUCAUUACUCCUGAGUAACUAUGAGAUGUUUUGAUUGUGGUCUUCUGAGUUACGAAUGCCACGGAGGAACCUGUCUCUUGUCUUCACGUUGGAACAUGGGGACGAUGUGUUCGUCAGAAUCUACUAUAACAAAAUAAAAGUCCACAAGACGUGGUAACCCAGAAAACCAAAACCCAAAUCUUAUCUUCUGAGAUAAUUAAAUUGCAUCGUCUUCACCUGGAUUGUAAAUAUUCUUUGCUGAUUGUUUCCAGUUUGCCGGUGAUGAUCUGACGGUGUAGUUCACACAGUUUGCGAAAUAUUGUAACAUACUAAUCAUCCAGACAGGGAAACGAAUGAAUAACAUUUUCCGAAAUAUUAUGUGUAGUGUAAAUAAAUGAGCAAUUGUAUAUCAGAACUGAAUGAUUCAUUCACAUUCAGGCGACUGCUUCCAUAAUUUUAAGUGCUCACAAAAAUUCUGUUAUUUGCAUAUCGGGUUUGGGCCCUGUUAUUAAAUAUUCCAUCUAUACUUAUCACUGAUUGCACAUGAAUUUUAGCACGGAUUGUAAUUUAUAAUUUUAAACCUAUUUCAGGUCAUUAAGAAAUAUCUCUACCCAGUAUCCUACUUAGAUUUUAAAAUAUUUGUAAAAAUGUGUAAUUACUUAAGCAUCUCGACGAUUGUUAUUUCCGACUAUGUUCUAUGUAAGUCGAUAUCAUGUUCAUAUUUAACAGAUCUGUUUAAGAAACUCUGAUUGGUCAUUCAUUGACAAUCUCGAUAACAUUUGUAAUUAAUAAACUUGUGGAAAAGACCAGCUCAAAUUUAA